UCCUUCUUCUUCUUCUUAUCAGAUCAGAUGACUGAAGGUUUUUACUUGGUAUCCUGUGCAGAUAAGCAAACUCACAGGAAAUAUAGAAGAUGUGACAUGAACAUGACUCCUAUCCGUGUGUGUGUGUGUGUGUGUGUGUGUGUGUGUUUUUGUGCAGAUGAUAAGGAGUAUGACGUGUACAUCUCGUAUGCGAGGAACAGUGAGGAGGAGCAGUUCGUUCUGUCGACUCUGCGCAGCGUUCUGGAGAACGAGCUCGGAUACUCAGUGUGUAUCUUUGACAGAGACAGUCUGCCGGGGGGGACCAUCACAGAUGAGACUCUGAGUUUCGUGGCUCGUAGCCGGCGCCUCCUGGUGGUCGUUAGCCCGGGCUAUGCCUGCCAGGGCUCCCAGGCUCUGCUGGAGCUGCAGGCCGGCAUCGACAGCAUGGCGCGGGGCGGGCACCUGCGGGUGAUCCUGGUCCAGUACAAGCCGGUUCAGAGGCAGGGCUUGGUCAGGGAGCUGAGGAGGGCCCGCGUGGCCCUGGCGCUGGUGAGAUGGCAGGGGGACAAAUCCAAGGAGCUGACGUCACGCUUCUGGAAGAGGCUGAGGGUGGAGCUACCUGUGAGGAGGGUUAGCAGCAGGGAGGUGGAUGGGGGGGGCAGUAAGGAGGUGGCUCUGCUGAGGCUGCACAGUCAGAUCAGCACAAACUCCCAAACAGGCCUCAUCACCAACACUGUCAAAGAACCGCAGAAAGUCGUCAACUCUGCAGCGUAGACGUGACGUCUGCAACAGUUCAGUCUGAAAAGGGACCAAAGCACGGGAAGCUGCACAGACACGUCCGAGAGCUUCACGUCAUCACGACUGAGAGCUUCCACAGACGUGCAGCAGCACUCACACAGCGCCUUCAGAUACUAAACCAAACAUUCAAUCAUCUCCAGCCUUAUUCUGCAAAACCUUUAUUUCAAAACACUCAACACAAAAGUAACAAACGAAUCCUUUAAAAAACAUUUGGUGCUUCUCAUAAACUCAGCUUCAGUAGUUGUGUGAUACGUCCUCAGUGUGUCCUCCUACUAUCAGCAUCAUGAGUCACUUCUCAUCUGCACACUCUCGUCCAUCAUCAGUGUGCUUUAUAUUCCCAGUGUCCACAUUACAGAGCGCAGAAGUAUCGAAUGUGUUUUGAAGCCUGGAGUUUGGUUUACCUCUUACUAUUUGUCCAAAGUGGGCAGAAACAAUCAACCACAGCAGCUGAUUGGCUGAGACACCUGUCAAUCAAGGCACAAUAUACAUCUAUGUACAAGAAGAAACAUUAAUGAAGGGAAAUAAACUGAACUGAUUUUAGGAACAGGAAUUUAUCAUUAGUUUUAAUGGUAUCUCAUAAUCAGUGCUUAAAACAGGAUAUUUGAGCUGUUGGUGAUUCAUCCUCAGAGGACCAUAAAUGUUCGUACGAAAUUACAUUUCAUUGUAUUGCAUCUCUACAUUCUCUCAUUCACUUCAAUACAGUCUGACUUGUCUCUAAGCAGCCUCUAGUGGCCAUUAGAGGAACUGCAUCUUAAUACAGUUCAACACUCGGCUGCGGUGGUUGCAUAACCUUUGUUAGAUUUUUUUCAUAAAGAUGUUUUGUGGCCUCCAUUUUAAAAACAAGCCAACUCAGAAAUACAAUUGGGUGUCAUCAGCGUAGAGGGAGAUUUACAAUACCAUAUGCAAUAGGCUUUAAAAGCGCCACACUUAUAAAUGUUAGGGAGGAAACACAAACUCACCAGGAGGCAUCCAUGUACUACAACGUUUCAAAUAUUAGGCAGAAAUAAAUAUAUUUACGGACCAAAACUUACCUGAUCAUUACUUUGAAAUGUUGCAAUUACUCUGCACUUUCUGUAUUUCUUUAUUUAAUUUCCCUGUUUCCACGUUUCUACAUGCAGUAUAUAAUCAAGUUAUAUUUUUUAACACAAAAGAACAGUAUUGUAAUGAGAGAAUGCAUCCUGCACUUUGUUUUGCUCUAACUUUUGUAUUUUUGCUGUUUACAGUAAUUAAUCUAUUUAGUUUUUAAUAAAUGAAAUUUUCAUCAAA